GUAAUUGUCGAGUAUGCCGGUACCCCAGGAGAAAGACGUUACUCGAGUACUCAGGGGGUAGUGAGUACAUAUACUUUCAGAAACAUGUUUUGCAGCAUUAUAUUUCACGGGAAUAAGCUGUAUGUGUCUUUAAUGCAAAAUAUGUUAUUUUGCUGCAAUAUAAGUGAACGGUAAAUGCUUGAUUUCACACUCGACCGGAGCUAUAUCCCCAUUGUUUGGCAUGUUGUGUUAUUAUUUCCGUAACUAGUCAGGCAAUGUUUGUAGAAACUUGUCCUGGAGCAAUGCGAUACCAAAAUGUUGUCAUAUUGUAUACAAGGACAUUGUGAAAGAUCACACAGCGUCCAUCAUUGUGCUCGCAUUUAUCCUAUGAUGCAUGAUUCUCACACAAUGAGUACUGAGUCAUUAUUUUGUUUGCUCUGUUUUGUUUUCCUGUACAUAAACUACUAAGUGUAAUAACGUGUAAUUCAGAAGUGUAAUCCUCUUGGCUAGGUGUGUUCAACCUCUGCUGGGUAAUGUCCUAAUAUAUCGAGGGAGGAGAGAGAAACAGCUGAUUCGAGAAAUAUUUGGAUUUGAUGAAUAUGACGCUCACGUCCACUCUGAUAUUAGUGCUCACACAGUGUGUGAUGAAUAAGGAAGCAAUAUGUGGGAUAACCAAGAACCUGAACCGUGUACAAUGUGGAGAUGAGUGGUCUUCUUGUUAUAAACGCAUGUGUGUCUGUGCCUCAAAAUGUGUCAGAUGUAUAGAUAAUGGAAGAAAUCUUACAACGAUUCCUGACCUAAACUCCACAACUGAACUGCUCAACUUUUCAUCCAACUAUUUAGGAAGCAUAACAAGAAUGACGUUUCAACAUAUGACGCAUAUACGAAUUCUAGCUCUCACCAACAACAGUAUUACCAACAUCUCCAGUGAUGCAUUUCAAGACCUUCCUAUGCUUCAAUAUCUUGAUCUUGAUUAUAAUGAUCUUAAAAUAUUGGAUUUUACUGAACUACGCGAUCUAAAGAUCCUCCGAGGAUUAUCAGCUUCAAACAAUGAUAUUUAUAUAAUACGAGACAUAGUACCUACGCAACUUACUCAACUUUUUCUCCAGUGGAACCGCUUGUCGGUGCUUCCCCGAUUUUGUUCUGGCAGUAACCACUCAAAUCUGGUGGAAAUAGAUUUCAGUGGAAAUAAUAUAGGACAACUAUCGAGACAUAGUUUAGAGUGUCUCAUCAACUUGAAGCACUUCAGUUUAGUUGGAAAUAGAUUAAUCACGAUUGCCUCUGGUACAUUUUCGUCACCACUUCAAAUAAAAGAGAUAGAUCUCAGUGAUGUUUUCAAAGAUAGGUAUAAACAUGCAGUUGGACUAGAGGCAUAUACGUUCAAUAAUAGUGCUUUGAAAACUCUUUAUCUCGCAAGUAUUACUCAGUAUGGGUAUUUUGAUCUCAUUGUUAAUUCAAAUGCAUUCAAAGGGUGUACAGGACUCACAACUCUCGGCUUAUCAUACAAUGCUAUGUUGUACUUUAACGACACAUUUUUAAAUGUACUUCUUGGUGAUUUACAAACCUUACAGUGUAUAAAAAUGUCAAGAUGUCAAUUAUCAUUCUUCCCCGAGGUCAUAUCAACGUUACUAGAACUACGAACAAUCGAUCUACAUGGAAACAGAAUAAUGCGGUUAAAACAGGGAUUAUUUAACAACUUGAAGAAACUCAGGACCAUAAGUUUAUCAGAGAACGCUAUCGAAGUUAUACAUGAAGCCAUUUUCCCAAUAAAUCUGAGAAACCAACUAAAACAUAUCAACUUAGCAUAUAACAAUUAUGUCUGUACUUGUGCGAAUCUCUGGUUUGUAACAUGGGUAAAGGCAGAGAAACAUAAAUUUGACAACUUUCCUGAUUCAUAUGUAUGCGGAUAUCCUAUUGAACUCCAAUCCACACGUCUCAUUGAUGCUGAUAUCUCUAAACAGACAUGUCAAAUCUCGCCUUACAUGUUUCCUGUUAUUUUUGGUCUAUCCACAGCAGCAAUUGUGUUGUUGGUGAUCAUCUCCCUCACAUACCGAUGGCGUUGGCACAUCCGUUAUUGUGCUUACAUGCUGAGAUUUAAACAGAGACAGCGAUUCGAAGAAAGAGAAGAAAGAUUCAUCUAUGAUGCAUUUGUUCUGUAUUGUGAAGAUGAUUCUGGGUGGAUACGGAAUAACCUGCUGCCGAAAAUUGAAAAUGAGGACAAUUUAAAGUUAUGCAUUCAUGAGAGAGAUUUCACUCCUGGGCGUUACAUAGUUGACAACAUUGUAGACAGUUUGAAUAACAGCAGAAACGUAGUCCUGGUGCUGUCGGACAGUUUCAGUCAGAGUCCAUGGUGCCAGUUUGAGCUGACUCUGGUCCAGAAACGUUCUCUGGAGCAGGAUGAGGGGUACCUCGUGGUGGUGCUACUGGAGGAGAUACACGCCCGAAACAUGACGUCAUCGCUGUUUGCACUGCUACAGACGACAACCUACAUCACGUGGCCUGUGGAGGAGGAAGACGGACAGUUAUUUUGGAUGCGUCUCCGGCAUUGUUUGCAACGAUGAACUUGUUCUACACUGACAUUAAACAGGAGUUUAAUUCGUUAUAAGAUUUGCAACAUUGAGGGGCGAAAGUAUAAAAAUAUGAAACGUGCAUAUUUCUGGAAGGCUAGAUGGAAGUAGAAACUCAUAUUGUUAUAUUUUCGCACUAAAAGUGAUUUUAACCAUAACCUACCGCUAUCUUCGGCGAUAAAGGUUGCCGCUACCGUUUUCACACAGUAUAUUUGAAUGGAUCAUAACUCGUUCUGUCUAUGAUCAUAAAGGGACUACAAGUUAUGGAACAUAGCAUCUCAUAUUGAAGUUAAAUAUUUGCUGCACAAUAUCAGAAAUGACCACACCAGAACUAGGAUAUAAACAUAUAUCAAUAUAUUGCAUGUCGAUAUUGAUAUUUUGUUAAAUAAACAGCUAUCAGCUUAUGAAUACAUUUGACUCUACCUUGUGUACAUGAAGGCUAACUGAACGUAUUCAAAUAUGUCCCUAAAAUA